GUUAAAACUCAUUCAUUGCUUGAUAGACUGUUGUAACGUGAAGUGGUCACUGUUUAAAACAUUUCAAAAAAUGUUUGUAAUUUUAACAAUAAUAGCAGUGCUACUGCUUUCUUAUUAUUUACUCUUGAAACCUAAACUCUAUUGGCGUUCAAAAAAUGUGCCACAAGGACCACCAAUACCUUUUUUCGGAGACAGCAUAGGAACAACAUUUAAAACUGAAUCAUUAAUCGAAGCUGUUGAAAGACUUUACAAUCGAGAUAAUGAUGCAAGAUAUGCUGGUAUUUAUCAAACUUCAAUUAAAAUCUUCAUGCUCCGUGAUCCUGAACUAAUCAAACAAAUUACCGUCAAAGAUUUCGAUCAUUUUGUUGAUCACUUUAACUUUGCACCUGAUUAUCUAGAACCAAUCUGGAGCAAAAAUCUGUUUUCAUUAAAAGGCAACAAGUGGCGAGAAAUGCGCGCAACUUUGAGUCCGACAUUUACUUCCAGAAAAAUGCGUCUAAUGUUUGAAUUGAUGGAAAAAUCCGCUGAACAAUAUGUUGAUUAUUAUCAACAACAGAACAGUGAUGUCAUUCAUGUAGAACUCAAAAAUUCUUUAGCUCGAUUUGCCAAUGAUGUAAUUGCAAACUGUGCAUUUGGAAUUACAGUAGACUCUUUGAAAGACACAGAAAAUGAAUUUUAUAUGAGAGGUAAAGAAAUUAGUAAUUUUGCAUCUGGGUUUUGGAAGGGGAUCAAAUUCUUGAUCGCAAUAGCAUUCCCCAAACUUGCUGUGUUUUUAAGACUAGCUUUAUUUUCACCGGAAACAACACAGUUUUUCAAAACGUUGGUAAAAGAUGCGGUGACAGUACGAGAAAAGAAUAACAUCGUACGUCCUGAUAUGAUCAACUUAUUGAUGGAGGCUAAAAAGGGCAAGUUAAAGUACGAAGAAUCACCUGAACAAAAAGACGCUGGUUUUGCAGCAGCUGAAGAAUCCGAAGUUGGCAAAACAGAAGAUUUGAGACAAGUUGCAAUGUCUGAGGAUGAUAUGACUGCACAAGUGUUAAUAUUUUUCUUGGCUGGCUUUGAAACCAUUUCAACAAUGUCCUCGUUUAUGUGUUAUGAACUAGCUGUCAACCCGGAUAUACAAGAGAAAUUAAGAGCAGAAGUUGAUCGGACUUAUCAAGCAGCAAACGGGAAACUAACUUAUGAAUUAUUAAACAAGAUGAAAUACAUGGAUAUGGUCACAAGCGAGAGUCUACGAAAAAAUCCACCUGUGGCUGCAACUGACAGAAUCUGCACAAAAUCCUACACAAUUGAACCGAAAAGACCUGGAGAACAUCCGGUACAGAUAGAACCGGGUCAAUUGGUCUGGUUGCCUGUUUUUGGCAUUCAUAGGGAUGAAAAAUACUAUCCGAAUCCAACUAAAUUUGAUCCUGAGCGCUUUUCGGAUGAGAACAAAAAAAAUAUUGAUCCCUACACAUUUCUAUCGUUUGGUGUAGGCCCACGCAAUUGUAUCGGUUCCAGAUUUGCUUUGAUGGAAAUAAAAACAGUACUGUUUCAUAUUUUGAGAAGAUUUGAGUUGGUUGUUAUUGACAAAACAACAAUCCCAAUCGAAUAUGACACAGUUCAGUUUAAUCCUACUAUCAAAGGCGGAUUUUGGGUCGGUUUUAAACGUAACACUGCUGCGCGCGUUUCAGCGGUCAACAUGUUUUUAAUAUUAGCUGUGAUAGCAUUUGCGCUACUCUUUUAUUAUUUUCUACUAAAACCGCAAUUGUUUUGGUGGUUUCAAAAUGUGAAACAAGGACCGCCGAUUCCCAUUUUUGGGGACACCGUAAAAUCUACCUUCAAGAUUGAAUCAAUGGUUGACUUCGUGACUAAUAUUUACAAACGCUGUAAAAAUCUGCGUUAUUGUGGACUUUAUCAAACUACACUUCCGAUUUUAUUGAUCCGUGAUACCGAGAUUAUUAAACAAAUAACAGUGAAAGAUUUUGAUCAUUUUACCGAUCAUUGGAACUUUAUCGCUUCUAAUAUCGAGCCUAUCUGGAGCAAAAAUUUGUUUUCCUUGAAAGGCGAUCAAUGGCGAGCAAUGCGCGCAACAUUAAGUCCUACAUUUACCUCAAGCAAGAUGCGAUUGAUGUUUGAGUUGAUGGAGAAAUCCGCCCAGCAAUACGUUGACUUUUACCUGAAACAAGAUAAGAAUAUUGUUGAAUUAGAACUGAAAGAUUCAUUCACACGUUUUGCUAAUGAUGUCAUCGCUAAUUGUGCUUUUGGCAUCACUGUGGAUUCAUUAAAAGAACCGGAGAAUGAUUUUUACAUGAACGGAAAAGAAGCGACGUCAUUUGUAGGAUUUUGGAAAGCCGUUAAAUUUAUAGUUACAAUGAUAGCACCAAAAUUAGCUGGCGCACUGAAGUUAUCGCUAUUCUCGCCAUCCACUACUGAAUUUUUCAGAACUCUUGUCCGAGAGACUGUAAAAGUUAGGGAAGAUAACAAUAUUGUUCGUCCGGACAUGAUUAACUUAUUAAUGGAGGCACGAAAAGGCAAACUACAUUAUGAGGAGUCUUCUGCACAAAAAGAUGCUGGCUUUGCAACAGUUGAAGAAUCAAAUAUUGGAAAAACUGAACAUCUUCGACAGAUUGCAAUGACUGACGAUGAUAUGGCUGCACAAGUUUUAAUCUUUUUCUUUGCUGGCUUUGAAACCAUUUCUAUUAUGAUGUCGUUUAUGUGUUAUGAAUUAGCUGUGAAUCCUGAUAUUCAGGAGAAAUUACGAGAAGAAGUGGACAGAACGAUUGAAUUAAACAAUGGUAAACUUUCCUACGACGUUUUAAACAAAAUGAAGUACAUGGAUAUGGUAACAAGCGAGAGUCUUCGUAAAAAUCCACCUGUAAUGGCAAUUGAUAGAGUUUGCACUCGUGCUUACACUAUCCCACCGGAAAGACCAGGAGAAAAGCCCGUUCACCUUAAACCUGGUCAAAUCAUAUGGUUACCAGUACAUGGCAUCCAUCACGAUGAAGAAUUAUACCCAAAUCCUUCCAAAUUUAUCCCGGAGCGCUUUUCUGAAGAAAACAAAGAUAACAUCAAACCCUACACGUUCUUGUCAUUCGGUUCCGGCCCACGUAAUUGUAUAGGAUCACGAUUUGCUCUCAUGGAAGUGAAAACACUUGUCUUUCACAUUUUGUCUAAAUUUGAACUGGCUGUGAUUGAUAAGACAACUAUUCCAUUGAAGUACGACAGGUAUCAGUUCAAUCCGUCACUUGAAGGCGGUUUUUGGAUUGGGUUCAAACGUAGGACCGAUGUUAAGAAAACAAUUUAAUCACCAAAUAAUAUGCUUUGUCAUGUAUCUACUCUUGUAUUAAAAUAAUGUACAUGAUGUACCUACAAUAAAUAUUAUUCUUGCUUGUCA